CAAAUACACUUGGAUUUUCCAGCUGGUAUAAAAGUUGACAGAGGAGAUGCGUACUUUAUGAAUGACGUCAGCAUUUCUUGCUGGACACCUGGUCAACUAGGGCUGACAUUUUGGUUAUCAUGGAUGAUGACGACAGGCUGCCUACCAUCUCCGGACAUGACGUCAUCAUGGCCUACGACGACGGGCAGACGUCGUUCAUCGGGAGAGAGAGUGAGCGCCCUUGCUGCACCUGCUUCCCCUGGUGUCGCUACACGCUGUUCGUGCUGAACUUUUUAGUCUGGUCAGCUGGCGUGACGAUGAUAGGGCUGGGCACCUGGGCCCUGGUCAACAGCUCGGGACUUGCUCUUUUUGAGUCGCUGCUGACGGAGCCUAGCUGGCUGCUUAUUGGCACAGGCGUCGUCAUGCUGGCGGUGGGGGUGUUCGGCUGUGCAGGGGCGCUGAGACUGAACAUCAUCUGUCUUCGAGUGUUCAUGGUACUGGUCAUCACAGUCUUCGUGCUGCAGCUGGUCCUGGCAGCGGUCAUCUUCUUCCUGAUGGAUGACAUCCAGCUCAAAAUGUUGGGAGUACUUAAAGUGGCGGUGACCAAUUACGAGAGAGACCUGGACGAACAAAGGGACAUAGCACUCGAUUAUUUGCAAAGGGAGUUUUCCUGCUGUGGGGGCUCCAGCUACUCUGACUGGGAUGCCAACAGAUAUUACAACUGCAACAUUUCUGCGCCCCCCUCCCGAUGUGGUGUGCCUAGUUCAUGCUGCAUCAAAUCCAGAGACGAACAUUGUGGUUUUGGUAUCAGAAGCGAAAAGGAAGACUACAUGAAUUCUGUUAUCCACACAGACGGGUGUAUUGUGUCUAUCAUGAGGAUCUUUAAGAAUAAUGUCAUCAUCAUUGCGUCUUUGGCGUUUUCAAUAUGUGCCGUGGAGGUCGUUUGCCUUCUCCUGGCCAACAUCCUCAGCAAGUACGUCCUGGUGCACCGGAAAGUGUUGAAGUGACCGACCACAAAAGACAUGGCUCUGAGACAAGACGACCAGACAAGCUGAGAAGAUCCUUACCACACUAUCUAGCAUUAUAACUUUGUAUGUCUCUGAGUCGCGUGAUCACAAAACGUAGGGUACGUUUGACGAAAACGGGGUCAAAGGUCAGCACUGAAAUACCUAACCUAUAUACAAACAUGGAACGUGGCUUAAAUAAGAACAUUAGAAGUUAAAACAACAACACAGAAACGAUUUAGGUUUUGCUGGGUUUAUUUUAUCCAGUGUUGACAGCCCAUGAAAUUAUUCGGCGGAUUUAUAUUGGGCUGACUCACUACUUUGGUAAUCAAAAGAGAUAACAGCGGACAUUUAAAGAAAAAAACAACAUUUCUAUUUAUUUACUUUUUUUUUUUGCGAUUAUAAAAAUGUAAAAUUUUAAUGUGCAGGAGUUUCAUGGAUGGAAUCCAUUACUUUAUAGGCGUGGUCAUCCCGAAAGAAAGGGGUUGGUAGAAGGGUAAAUGGGCGGAGCAUAACUACUUAGUAAUAAGACUAAAAAGGCUUGAAUAUUUUUAAGGCUAGAAUUUUUCUUGCAUUGCUCCACGUAUCUGAUGACCCAAUCACUGACUGCCCCAUCUGCAGCUGUGAGGCCAACA